CCGUCAUCUGGUCCUGGCUUCCCUUCCUCGACUCCAUACCCACCUCAACCCGGCGGCGGCCCAUCACCGGCGUACGCACCCGGUGCACCGAGCUACGGAGGGUUCGCCGCGUCAGGCUACCCACCCGCAGGACCCGGAGCAGGCGUUCCCGGUUACCCGCAGUCCACCGCGGCGCCGUACCCUCCAGGAGGUGGCGCUGGCAGCGCCUACCCACCGACAGGAGGCUAUCCACCGUCUGGUCCUGGUUAUCCUUCCUCUUCUACGUACCCGACUCAACCUCCUGCCAGUGGCUAUCCCUCUCAGCAGCCAUUUGGUGGCUAUCCCUCUCAGCAGCCAUUUGGUGGCUAUCCCUCCCAGCAGCCACCUGGUGGCUAUCCCUCUCAGCAGCCAUUUGGUGGCUAUCCCUCCCAGCAGCCACCUGGUGGCUAUCCAUCCCAGCAGCCACCUGGUGGCUAUCCAUCCCAGCAGCCAUCUGGUGGCUAUCCAUCCCAGCAAGGUUUUCCCGCACAGCCUUCAUACCCUGCCAAUCCGUCCCAACCAGGUGCUUACCCUGGUGGCCAGCAUCCCGCUACCACAUCAGGAGGCCUCGGGUUCGGGGGUGCGUCAGCUCUCCCUGGUGGCUACAACCAAAGUGCUGCCUACUCUACACAAGCUGUGCCACAAAAUCAAACUUAUAUGCAAGCUCCAAAGGACCGCGGCACCGUGAAACCCUAUUCGCCCUUCAACGGCCAGGCAGACGCCGAGGUCAUCCGCAAGGCCAUGAAGGGCUUCGGUACUGAUGAGAAAGCUAUCAUUGACGUGCUAGCCCACAGAAACAACGCCCAGCGUCAGAAGAUCACACUCGACUUUAAGACCAUGUAUGGCAAGGAUCUGAUUAAGGAGUUGAAGAGCGAGCUGAGUGGGAAAUUCGAGGACGUCAUUCUGGCUCUGCUCAUGAAACCCAGCGACUACGACGCCAUGUGCAUCUACAAUGCCAUACAGGGUCUCGGCACGGAUGAGGGAGCGUUGAUCGAGAUCCUCUGCACCAGAAGCAACAAACAGAUGCUCGAAAUCAAGCAAGCCUACAAGACAAAAUGUGGCGGAAAUGUGGUGGUGUGGCUCGCGUGGAGAUUGGACAUCGACGCAACACUCGGCGAGCUAAUCAUGACCUAUUUGCAGCUGGCUCUCUACGAGGCGGGCGAGAAGAAGUGGGGCACGGACGAGUCGCGAUUCAACGCGAUCCUCGCAGCGCAGAGCUUCCCACAGGUGCAGCGCGUCUGUGACGAGUACCAGAAGCUGACAGGCCACGCGAUGGAGAAAGCCAUCAGCGGAGAGAUGUCGGGCGACCUCAAGCAGGGCAUGAUGACCAUCGUGAAGUGCGUGCGUAACAGGUCCGCCUACUUCGCCGAGCGACUUUACACGUCCAUGAAGGGUCUCGGAACGAACGACCGACAGCUGGUGCGCGUUGUCGUCACGCGAUGCGAGGUCGACAUGGUGCAGAUCAAGCAGGAGUUCCAGCGCAACUACGGCAAGACCCUCGAGUCCUUCAUCAACGACGACACGUCCGGAGACUACAAGCGAGUGCUUGUAGCCCUCGUCGCUGGUAACUAAACACAUGCUGCCGAGCAAAGGAGCCGGGAGAAGGGAAGAUGCUGCUAGCUCCAGUGCCAGAAAGAACGUGCACCAGUGGUAUGGUUGCUGCAACACCCAUUAUGAAAGUCACCACCAUGAUGCAUCUAGCUGCUGGCGUCAUGAUGUCACAUGUCAUAGCAACAGCCGACUGCUACUGUUGCCAUGACGCCACAUCAUUGCAGCAGCCGACUGCUACUGUUACCAUGACGCCACAUCAUUGCAGCAGCUACCUGUUACUGUUGUCAUGACGCCACGUCAUUGCAACAGCCGACUGCUACUCUUGCCAUGACGCCACAUCAUUGAAGCAGCCGACUGCUACUAUUGCCAUGACGCCACAUCAUUGCAGCAGCCACCUGCUACUGUUGCCAUGACGCCACAUCAUUGCAGCAGCCGACUGCUACUGUUGCCAUGACGCCACAUCAUUGCAGCAGCCAUCUGCUACUGUUGCCAUGACGCCACAUCAUUGCAGCAGCCAUCAGCUGACAGUUACUACCGGUCCACUUCUAACUGCCAGCUAACAUUGGUGAUAGAUUACUGUCAGUGCCCUUUAAGAAUCAACGUACUUGUGUGAUGACUACCUAAAAUCUAAACCUGGUCCUGCUAUUUGAUAUGCUGGUCCUGCUAUUUUGAUAUGCUGGUCUUGCUAUUUUGAUAUGCUGGUCCUGCUAUUUUGAUAUGCUGGUCCUGCUAUUUUGAUAUGCUGGUCCUGCUAUUUUGAUAUGCUGAUCCUGCUAUUUUGAUAUGCCGGUCCUGCUAUUUUGAUAUGCCGGUCCUGCUAUUUUGAUAUGCCGGUCCUGCUAUUUUGAUAUGCUGGUCCUGCUAUUUUGAUAUGCUGGUUCCUGCUAUUUUGAUAUGCUGGUCCUGCUAUUUUGAUAUGCUGGUCUUGCUAUUUCGGCAGUGGCGUAGCUAGGAUUUUUUCAGCGGGGGG